UCCUUCAAAGCUUCUUCCCCUCAUUGCAUCACAUCAAAUCCCCAAACCCAACUCUGGUUCAACUGUCUGGGACUGGACCAACAGCGACGAGAUCAUUACUCAUAGACAAACAACGGAAGCAAAAGGUGAUUGGGGAUCGACACCUGCAGCUAUCCAUCCAGAGAGGGAUUCAACCUAUAGUCCGCCAGGGUCUCUCCAUCAGCUGAUUCGGUUCACUCUUUUUUCCAUCUUCAUUCGCCUGACAGAUUUGUCGACAAUAUCUCGUCCCGCCUCGCUUCAACUGGCUUCCCAACCGAGUGUUGCGACGGCAAGCGACCAUGAGACGUCCAGCUGUCCAUUCGGCCUUUGCAAGCCUCAUCGGCAUCGGCAUCGGCAUCGCCAGCGCCAGCGCCAGUGAACGCGAUCCGCCUAAGCUGGACGACUUCGAUUGGACGACAAUCACGCCCUCGACCAAGCUGGAAUACCACCCCUGCUACAAAGAGUUCCAAUGCGCGAGGCUCAAAGUGCCCCUCGACUGGCUCGAUGAGACAAACGAGCACACGGUGGCGCUGGCCAUCACCAAGCUCCCGGCCAAGGUCCCCGACGACGACCCGGCCUUUGGCGGCACCAUCUUCACAAACCCGGGCGGCCCCGGCGGUUCCGGCGUCGGCCUCAUGCUCCGGGAGGGCCACAUCCUGCAGGACACCGCGGACGCCGCCAAGAAGUACGAAAUCCUCAGCUGGGACCCGCGAGGCAUCCAGUUCACGUCGCCGAGGGCCGAUUGCUACGAGGACCUGCUGGCCAGAGACACGGACAGCAUUCAGCGCUUAGCCAUCGGUCCUCUCGACUCCAGCCCUGACGCGUUGCGGCGCCAUUGGGCGCGGACCCAUGGCUACGGCAAGCUGUGCACGCAGAACGCCGGCAACGGCUCCAUCAUCCCCUACGCAUCCACGGCGUCUGUUGUCCGCGACAUGGUGGAGAUGCUGGACAAAAUCCAGGAGCUGCGUGACGAGGAGGCCGCCGCAAAGGUUGCCGGCGGGGACGAGAGAGCACAGAAAUCCCUGGAGCUGCGCAGCGCCGCCAAACAAGUGCCGCGUAUCCAGUACUGGGGCUUCUCAUAUGGCAGCAUUUUGGGCAACACGUUUGCAUCAAUGUACCCGGGCCGCGUUGGGCGCAUCAUCGUCGAUGGCAUCGCCGACCCCGAGGAUUACAUGGCGGGGGGGUGGAGGACCAACCUCCAAGACACCGAGGAGCUCGUCAGGUUCUUUUACGAGACGUGUUUUGCGUCCGCGGGGAAGUGCGCUCUUCGCCGGCCCUCGGACAAGGGUUGGCAGGACAUCAGGCGCCGUGUCGAGGACCUGGUCAAGCAGCUGGACGACGCGCCCGUCGCGGUGCUCGACGGCAAGCUCACCAACAUCCUGACGGGAUACGACGUCACGCUGUCCUUCAAGAACCCGCUCUACACGCCCUACCGGGAGUUCCCCAAGCUCGCCGAGAAGCUCAACUCGGCCAUCGAGGGGAACUACACCGCCCUCCUCGAGGCCGCCAAGGCCGGCAUCCCGAGGCUCGACCAGGCCUGCUCCCACCCCAACGCCUCCGAGUCGUCCGCCACGUUCGGCGACGGCGGCCAGGCCGUCCUCUGCUCCGACGGCGAGGACAGCACCAACUUCACCAUCGCCGACUACCAGGCCUACGUCUCCGAGCUCGAGUCCCAGUCCCCGACCUUCGCCGGCUACUGGUCCCAGAUCCGUCUCGCCUGCACGGGCUGGCGCGCCCGGCCCAAGUGGCGCUUCGCCGGGCCGUUUACGACGCCGGAGCACGACCCGGCCGGCGUCGAGGGCAAGCCGGCGGCGCCGCUGCUGUUUAUGUCGUCGCGCCUCGACCCGGUAACGCCGCUGAGGAACGCGUUGAAGGCGAGCGCGCAACACCCCGGGUCGGCCGUCGUGAUCCAGGAGUCCGUCGGCCACUGCGCCAUAGCCACCGGCAGCCGGUGCUCGACCGAGAUCAUCCAGAAGUACUUUGAGCACGGAACCGUGCCGACGAGCGGGACGGUGUGCCAGGCUGACUGCGACGUCUGGGGCGGCGAUGACUGCUUGCCGUCGGGCAUGGGCAUCAGAGUGGCGCCUCUGGCGCCGCCGCACGACAGAUCCCAUCCGCUCGUCUUCUAGACCAAGGGACGGAGUCUUCCAGCGGGGAAGGUAGAGAAACGAGGGGAGACAGGGACAUCAGAGAAGCGUUGAGAGGCUUGCAAAAGGUAGCUUGGCCAUGGCAGACGAUCCUGCAUGACACCGAAGUCUCGAAGUUCAAGACACAUGGGUCGUCAGAUACGACCCAAGAUAGAUCAAAAUUCAACGGCCCUAUUUUGGAGGGGACACACUGUGAACGGUGAUCCCUUGUUGUAGGACACACAGACGCAUCGGGGUAGCCACCAAGAUCUCGCAACUUGCAGGUGACAGUGGCAUGUAAAACUCAGCUGAAGACGAUCCCCAGCAUGCCGACAUCCGAGACCUCGCUUGUCUUUCGACCACGGAAGCUGAUGGGUCCGUUUGUCGAGGGAUUCUUUGGAGAACAGAGACAAGACAUGACGCUUCCCUCCUCGGCCUCUGCGCUCUCUCCACCGACUGCUGUGCGUGUGCCAGGCGUACCGGAACGUCUUGCGGGAUCGCCCGUUAUGAAGAUCUUUCACCGAACACGAUGUCUGGCGUGACUACAGCCCAGCGAAACUCAACGUUACACGUGC